ACUAAACGUAACCGCCAUGGCAUCGAGCGCAAAGACGUUGGCUACCUGCAUCUUCUGCAAAAUCGUCAAGGGGGAGAUCCCCAGCUUCAAGCUGAUCGAGACCGAGACAACUUACUCAUUCCUCGACAUUAAUCCGUUAGCGAAGGGCCACUCUCUGGUGAUAUCCAAGUAUCACGCGGAGAAGCUGCACGAGCUUCCAGAUGAGUCCUUGACGGACAUUCUCCGCAUUGCGAAACAGAUCGCAGUGGCGACAGGCGCAGAGAAUUACAAUAUCCUCCAGAACAACGGUCGCAUCGCUCAUCAAGAAGUCGAUCACGUUCAUUUCCACGUAAUCCCGAAGCCGAGUACUUCCGACACUGAGGGUCUUGUUGUCGGAUGGCCGCAGCAAAAGGUGGCUCUCGACGAACUCGCCAAGAUCCACGAGGAGAUCAAAGGAAAGUUAUGAUGAGAUGGAUGAGAACAACUGAAUAUGUCGCUCAGUCUACUCACAUGUGGUGACCAUGCAUUCUACGUUUUAUAUCUGAUAUUUGGCGUGA